UCGCAUCACAAGUGGUCCUGACUGUGCUCACGCCUCGUGCGGUUGACUUGGUCUUCGCUGACACGGCAAGCCAAGUCAACGCCAGGAUCAUCGUAACCACAUUAAACAGGAUAGAAGGGUAUUCUCGUCCCUUCCCACCAUCAUAUCCAUCCGAAAUGCUUUAGGAUUUGCGUACGGAUCAGGUUUCGGCGAUCAGCACACAUGUACGAUAACUUCAGCCCGUUCUAUGUUUGUAUUUUCAUUUCGAGCACUUCCCGUUUCUUCUAAAUGCACGGUCGAAGCCGCGUAUUCCUGCUCCGCCGUAUCCACUUCAAAGACAGCGACCGCCCUCGCCAACUCUCCUGCCAAACGAGCCCGCCGCCGCUCCCGCCAGAUUCAAACCUCAAACCCCUCUGCCUCCAAGGUCGACUCCACGAGGCGCUGUCGGGAAUGGCUACGCUCGGCACCGAGGUCAGGUUCCACGGGUACGACGCCCUCCUGACCGCGUGCAUCGACCGAAGGGCCUUCCUAGAGGGCCAAUUGGUCCACGCCCACAUGAUCAAGUCCCAGUACCUCCCUUCCGUGUACCUCGCCACCCGGCUGCUCAUCAUGUAUGUGAAGUGCGACUCCUUGAACGACGCUCGCCACAUGCUCGAGGCAAUGCCUGAAAGGAACGUUGUCUCGUGGACCGCCAUGAUCUCAGGAUAUUCUCAGAAGGGUCACCGCGCUGAGGCCUUGGAGCUGUUUGUUAAGAUGAUGGAAGCCGGUCAAUUGCCAGAUGAAUACACUUUCGCUACGGUGCUCACUUCUUGUACUGGUCCUUUUGGGCCUAAACAUGGCAGGCAGAUUCAUUCCCUAGCACUCAAGACCAACUUUGACUCUCAUAUGUUUGUUGGGAGUUCACUGCUUGACAUGUAUGCAAAGGCCAGCGAAAUCGAUGAUGCUCGGAGAGUCUUUGACAUGUUGCCUGACAGGGAUGUUGUUUCUUGUACUGCCAUUAUUUCUGGAUAUGCCCAGUUGGGUCUUGAUGCGGAAGCCUUGGAAGUGUUCAAAUUACUACAUAAAGAGGGAAUGGAAUGCAACUACGUUACCUUUUCCUGUCUUUUAAAUGCACUCUCUGGACUUGCUGCUUUGGAUUAUGGUCGACAAGUGCAUGGUUUGGUAAUCAGAUGUGAACUUCCAUUUUAUGUUGUCUUGCAAAACUCUCUGAUUGACAUGUAUUCCAAGUGUGGUAGCUUAAUAUAUUCAAGAAAAAUCUUUGACAACAUGCUUGAGAGAUCUGUGAUAAGUUGGAAUGCAAUGCUUGCAGGAUAUGGUAAGCAUGGUUUAGGGAGUGAGGUUGUUCGUCUCUUUAAGUCCAUGGUCCAAGAGGUGAGGCCUGAUGGUGUUUCUUUUUUGGCUGUCCUGUCUGGGUGCAGUCACGGUGGAUUGGUUGAUGAGGGUUUAGAUUUUUUUGACUUUAUGGUUAAUGGUCAAAGGAUGAAACCAGAUAUAGGGCACUAUGGAUGCGUCAUAGAUCUACUCGGACGUGCUGGGAGAAUAGAGAAGGCUUUGGACUUAAUGAAGUGCAUGCCCUUUGAACCAACCACAGCCAUGUGGGGUUCUCUUCUGGGUGCAUGUAGAGUUCAUGCUAAUGUUUCCAUCGGAGAAUUUGUUGCUCAAAAGCUUCUCGAUAUUGAGCCAGAAAAUUCAGGGAACUUUGUGAUACUCUCUAAUAUUUAUGCUGCUGCCGGAAGAUGGCAAGAUGUCGCCAGAGUCAGGGAAUUGAUGAAAGAGAGGACAGUGACAAAAGAACCAGGCAGAAGUUGGAUCAAUCUUGACAAAACCAUGCAUACUUUCUAUUCCAGUGAUCGGUCGCAUCCCCAGAGGGAACAGAUAAAUGCCAAGAUUAUGGAGCUAUAUGAAAGGAUCAAAGAAGCAGGUUAUGUUCCAGACCUUAGCUGUGUAUUGCAUGAUGUGGAUGAUGAGCAGAAGGAAAGCAUCCUGCUUGGACAUAGUGAGAAACUGGCAAUAGCUUUUGGGUUGAUGGGCAGUACCCCUUGCAAGUUGAUUCGUAUUACAAAGAACCUUCGGAUCUGUGUUGAUUGUCACAAUUUUGCCAAGUAUGUGUCAAAGGUAUAUGCAAGAUAUAUAUCUCUGAGGGAUAGCAACCGAUUCCACCUAAUUGUCAGAGGGACUUGUACCUGUAGAGACUACUGGUGAUUAAGCAAUUCUUCUACUUAUCUAUAUCAUUGGAACUAGCAUUGCCGAAUCUUC